UUUCCCUUAAUCUCUCAAUGGUCAUAUAACAUGACAGUCCAUUCUCCAUCAUCCUGAAACCAGGAUCAAUAUUUAAUAUAUUUACAUGCAACAAAAUAGAAAUAAUGAAGAGAGCUAUGCCGUUUAUAAUCUCUGGGAUGAUGAAGCUCACGAUAGGAAUAGCCACUUGCUUACUACUACUUUGCUUGGUGCUAGUACAACAAUCCUCUACUAUCUUCAACCACCACAACAAGUCCGUUUUCACAGCAGACCUUGAUGAAGAUUCUUGCUUGAGUAGGUAUCAGUCUUCCUUGUAUCGCAAGACUUCACCUUACAAGCCUUCUCAACAUCUCAUCUCUAAGCUAAGGCGCUACGAGAAGCUCCACAAGCGUUGCGGUCCAGGCACAGAAGCUUACAAGAGCGCUACAGAGAAGCUUGGUCACAAUCAUGUAAGCAACUCUGGUGAUGAAUGCCGGUAUGUGUUGUGUGUGUCGCCAUUGUCAGGGUUAGGGUUAGGAAACAGGAUGAUCUCUAUGGUUUCUAUGUUCCUAUAUGCUCUCUUGACAGAGAGAAUCAUGCUUGUUGACCAGAGGAGUGAUACAAGCGACCUCUUCUGCGAGCCUUUCCCUGGUACUUCUUGGUUUCUUCCUCUUGAUUCUCCGUUGAUGGAUCAGCUUAAUAGCUUCAACCGUGAGUACUCGCGUUGUUAUGGAACAAUGUUGAAGAAUCAUUGCAUUAACUCAACUACAGUCCCAUCCCACCUUUAUCUUUAUCUUUUCCAUGAUUAUGGUGAUCAUGAUCAGAUGUUUUUUUGUGAAUAUAAACAAAUGAUCAUAGGGAAAGUGCCUUGGCUGGUCGCUAAGUCAAAUCAAUACUUUGUUCCAUCUCUAUGGUUGAUCCCUAGCUUUCAGACCAAACUCAUCAAGCUGUUCCCACAGAAAGAUACUGUCUUCCACCAUUUGAGUAGGUAUCUUCUCCACCCUACAAACCAAGUCUGGGGCAUGGUUACAAGGUCUUACACUGCUUACUUGUCAAGAGCAGACGAGAGACUUGGGAUCCAAGUAAGAGUUUUCGAAGAAGUAACAAGUCCUCCUCCCAUCAAGCAUGUUAUGGAUCAGAUUGUAGCAUGUACGCAAAGAGAGAAACUGUUACCAGAAGUAGACACUCAAGGCUCUCAUGAGCAAGUCACCACCACAGAGAAAACCUCUAAACUCAAAGCUGUCCUGGUCACUUCUCUGACUUCUGGAUACUCGGAGAGUCUCAAGAGUAUGUAUUGGGAACAUCCGACUUCGACAGGAGAAGUAGUUGUAGUUCACCAGCCAAGUCAAGAAGCGUAUCAGCAGAGUGACAAGAAGUUGCACAACAAAAAGACCCUUGCUGAGAUGAUUCUCUUGAGUAUGGCUGAUGAAGUUGUGAUCAGCGCUUCCUCUACGUUCGGAUACGUGGCUCAAGGUAUGGGCGGGUUAAAGUCAUGGAUACUCUACGAACCAGUAAACCACACAGUUCCUGAUCCACCUUGUGGUCGUGCCAUUUCGAUGGAGCCGUGUUUCCAUGUCCCUCCUGUUUAUGGCUGCAAUGGUAAGACCGGAACCAACACAGGAAACAUGGUCCCUUUUGUAAGACAUUGUGAGGAUAGAUUCUUGGGAAUCAAGCUAGUUCAAGAUACCUCAUGAGUUUUAACUUCUAUGGAAACUAGAGCAAGUGAGAAUGUUUGAAUAAACU